AUGGCGGAUCUGGCAAACUACAAAAGACUCGAAAAAGUCGGGGAAGGUACCUAUGGUGUUGUUUAUAAGGCCCUUGAUCUGAGACACGGGCAACGAAUCGUGGCAUUGAAGAAAAUCCGACUAGAGAGUGAAGACGAAGGUGUUCCCAGUACUGCUAUUCGGGAAAUUUCCUUGCUCAAAGAGCUUAAAGAUGACAAUAUCGUGAGACUAUACGACAUCGUUCACUCUGACGCGCACAAGCUGUAUUUGGUUUUCGAGUUUUUGGACUUGGAUCUGAAACGGUAUAUGGAAUCGAUACCCAAGGAACAACCGCUUGGUGAGGGAAUCAUCAAAAAAUUCAUGAUGCAAUUGUGCAAAGGGAUCGCGUAUUGUCAUUCGCAUCGUAUUUUGCAUCGAGAUCUGAAACCUCAGAACUUGUUGAUCAACAGAGACGGGAACUUGAAACUGGGCGAUUUCGGGCUCGCACGCGCGUUUGGUGUUCCAUUGCGUGCUUACACGCAUGAGAUCGUGACAUUGUGGUAUCGGGCACCAGAAGUGUUGCUGGGUGGAAAACAGUAUUCGACAGGCGUCGAUAUAUGGUCGAUCGGAUGCAUUUUCGCAGAGAUGUGUAACAGAAGACCCAUUUUCAGCGGCGACAGUGAGAUUGAUCAGAUUUUCAAGAUAUUUAGGGUCCUGGGAACCCCGAAUGAAACUGUGUGGCCCGAUAUCGUGUAUUUGCCGGAUUUUAAACCCAAAUUCCCGAAAUGGCACCCUAAGGAAUUGCAACAAGUUGUGCCGUCAUUAGACGCGGUUGGAAUAGACCUGUUGCAAAAACUACUCACUUACGACCCGAUCAACAGAAUUAGUGCCAAACGCGCGGUCGAUCACGCGUAUUUCCAGGACGCAAGUCUUCUCAUAUAG